AUGAAGGCGGUUGAAUGUAAUGACCUCGAAAGCCUUGUGAGGCUCAACUCGAUUCUCAUUUUCAAUAUUGACUGCUGGGGCGCAAGCUACCUUCGCGACAUCCUUUCUCACGGGCCUUCGCACAUCACCACGAAGCAAGGCAACAAAAUCCUUCCAACUGAAUUAUGGUUAGAGAUCCUAAAUCUGGCAGAGAUUCGUAUCAACAAGGACACCUACAAGCUAGUCUAUGGUAUCGAAAUAACUGAGGAGUCUCCCAACGGUAGCGCGAUCGAGCCUACUUUGAUCUGCAACGUUCUUGAAGAGUGGAAGGAAUGUGGAGAGCUCGAGAGUGGUGAUCACGUUGAGGUUUAUGAAAAAUGCCUCAAGGAUCCUUCGUACGAGACCGACCCUGAAAAGGAUAGAGUGGAAGAAGAUAUCGAACCCUUUUUCAGAAUCACCAAGACUGCUGUGGAAAAUGCAUACUGGAUCCCAGUUUCUCAUCUGCGCUUCCAAGGAGAUUUCCUCUUUCACAACAUCAAGGUCCCGAAUAUAAUUGCGCGACUCGAGAAUGGAGUCUGCAAUUUGUGUAUGAACAGCCGGUCCCUGGACAUAUAUAUGUAUGAUGCACGAGAAAAUGCCAGCUUUUUCUGUGGGCAAGUACUAUCGCAUGGAAAUUGCGGCCAUGACGCUAUCUGCCCAUUGUGCUUGGGAGAAGAAUAUGCGUACGAGUAUCUUCAUAUCAUGUACGGGAAAUGCGAGGAUCGGUAUAGCGAUGAAGAGGAGGAGGAGGAGGAGGAGGACACCGAGGAAGAGAAGAUGGCAAAGGAGAGGUUCAGAAAGCGGUUACAAAAGCGAUACCAGGAGUUAGGAUACGGAUGUUGGGGAUGUUAA